CUGAGCUGUGAGCGCGAGCCGGGGAGAGACAGCGCGGCCGCGUCACUGCUGCUCGCUCGCGGGGAAACCGACAGGCUGAAAACGGCUCGCGGACACAAUGGACUCGCAGGCGGACGGAGUUUAACGCACUGGAGCUUUGAUGAACACGAAAAACAAGGGGAAAAGGGAGGAGGCUAUGCCGUUUCAUCUACUCUUUACCACCAUUUGAUUAACCAUGAUGAAGACUGAACCCCCAUCUGCAGCCAGUGGCACCACAAGCACCACUCUCGGAGCUCGGAGUGCGUCGCCACACAGGAAUGCAUACGAGGCAGGAAUCCAGGCACUUAAGCCAGUCAAAGACCCUGAUGCUGCGAACGGUGAAGAUGGCAAAGAGGGGAAGUCGCGACCUCUGGGACGGGGUCGCAGGUACGGCUCCAAUGUCCAUCGCAUCAAGAACAUGUUCAUGCAGAUGGGCUCCCCUGGGGAAGAAGAAGAUCCGUCAAAGAUGAAAGACCAGGCAGUGCGGCUCUCCUUGCCAAGAGCCAGCAGUCUUAAUGAGAAUGUAGACCACAGCGCACUUCUCAAGCUGGGCGGAACCGUUUCUGAGCGUGUGAGUCGCUUUGAUGGGAAGCCUGAGGGCGGAGGUUCCCGUGGGCCUUCCUCUGGCUUCUCUAAGCUGCAGGAGACACGCAAGAUUUUUGAGCAGCGCCACCUGCAAGAGAAGCAGGCUGCAACCAACCGCAUCCUCCUGAAGAAGGAGCGUGCCUCAGGCUUCCAGGACAGCCGCCUGGACGUAGUCGUACGAUUCAACGGCAGCACAGAAGCCCUAGACAGACUGGACACGGAAGGUGGGCCAGUUGAAGCAGUGUCACCCACCGUCAGCCAGCUGAGCGCCGUGUUUGAGAAGGCAGAAUUGCGGAACAAUCUCCAUCGGCCGUCUUCAACCUCACUUCUGCCCUCUCGCCCCAAAAUCAUCCCCAAAAAGGUGCUAACAUUCCCUCAACCAGGAAGCCAAGAAAAUGAUUUGCAGGCUAAGGAACAAGAAGCAGCCCCUAGAAGUCCGAGGAGAACAGGAUCUCAAGCUAACACAACAAGCAACAAGCCAUCAGCAGAUGAGGCGUCUGUUUUGUCUGCAGAGCCAAACGCAAAGCAGUCAAGGGAACUCCAGGACUCUGCAGGAACCAAUACAGAGAAGGAGUCCAAACCUGGGGAACAGGAUGCUGCUAGUAACCAGGAAGCAGGGAGCAGAUUGGUGCACGCGGAGGUUCAUGCAUCCCUUGAGAAUGGGGAGGCUGAAAAUAGUCACAAGGCUGCCGAGCAGAGAGAUGAGCGCAGGCUGAACCAAGGAGACACCUCCACUAAAGAGGAGGAGGCAGCAGAGGAGGAGCACCUAAAGGAGGAUUAUUCAGAAGCUGACCUGAUAGACAUCAGUGCCUAUAGUGGUAUAGGUGAGGACUCUGGUGGGAGUCAGCUGGAUGAGGACGAAGAGGCUGAUGAUGAUGAUGAGGCUUAUGAACCGGAAUCUAGCUGCACAGAGAUUCCAGGACUGCUGACAGAGGAUGAUCCUCCAGCCAGUAGGAAGAUCCGUUUCAGCACUGGGCCUAUUAAGGUGUUCACCACGUACUCCAAUGAGGAUUAUGACCGGCGUAACGAUGACGUCGACCCUAUGGCAGCCUCAGCUGAGUAUGAGCUGGAGAAGAGAGUGGAGAGGCUGGACCUUUUCCCCGUAGAACUGGAGAAAGAUGGCGACGGGUUGGGGAUCAGUAUCAUCGGAAUGGGCGCUGGCGCAGACAUGGGCCUGGAGAAACUUGGAAUCUUCGUCAAGACUGUGACAGAGGGAGGUGCUGCUCACCGUGACGGAAGGAUCCAGGUGAAUGACCUGAUAGUUGAGGUCGACGGCACCAGUCUGGUGGGUGUAACGCAGAAUUUUGCCGCAUCUGUCCUGAGAAACACCACCGGCACUGUCAAGUUUAUCAUUGGCCGAGAGAAGCCCGGUGAGCAGAGUGAGGUAGCGCAGCUGAUCCAGCAGACGUUGGAGCAGGAACGCUGGCAGAGGGAGAUGAUGGAGCAGCGCUAUAACCAGUACAUGGAGGAGGAUGAAGAGGCCGGUGAGUAUGGCACAGAUGAGGAUGAGGAGAUGAGCCCCAUGUUCCCUAAUACUAUCGAGGUGUUUGACCUGGCUGAGAGUGAGGACAUGCUUUCUCCUGUGGAGAUGGACCCAGAGAAACUCACCCACAAGUUUAAAGAGCUCCAGAUAAAGCACGCCGUGACCCAGGCUGAGAUCCAGCAGCUGAAAAGGAAGCUGGCUCAUGCCGAGCAGGAAAAGCUGCGUUGGAGGAUGGAGAAGGCCCAGCUGGAGCAGACCGUGCGAGAGACGAAGGAGCGCAUGGAGAAGCUAGAGGGCUACUGGAUGGAGGCCCAGAGCCUGUGUCAGGCAGUGGAUGAGCACCUUAAAGAGACACAGGCGCAGUACCAGACACUGGAGCGCAAAUACAGCAAAGCCAAACGCCUCAUCAAAGAGUACCAGCAGAAAGAGAUUGAGUAUCUGAAGAGGGAGACAGCACAGAGGCGUGCACAGGAGGAAUCAGAGGCCGGCCACAAGGAGGAAACAGACAGCCUACAGGAGAAGAUCACAGACUUAGAAACGAAGGUGGGUGCACUCAAGAGCUCUGAGCCCUCCUAAACCUGCACAGGGAGUAUAGAGAACGAGGGAGAGAGCAGGAGAAAAGUCUUUCAGCCCUGGCCGUCCCUCCUUCCUGCAUGUUUUCCCCUGUGGCAUGCAACAAUGGACAACCAAAUGACUGCAAGAAACAUUAAAGGGAUGUUACUGGGGGAAAAGGGGCGCGACAGAGAAAUCAUAAUGUCCUGCCAGACGUGUGGCACAGGCCUGCUCACCUCUAGUCUUCAUGACAACCCAUGUAAUGUAGGACGUGUUUUUGCUUUCAAACAGUAUUUGAAUUUGAUUUUUUUUUUCUUUUUUUAAUGGCCCUAUAAAACAUUACACAGCUUAGUCUUGGCAACUCACAGCACAUUUGAGUGACACGCCACCUGGACCUGGUGCCAAGCGAACUAAGGAAAAGAAAAAUCUGUGCAACAGACUUUUGGUUUUCGCCAAUUUUGUUUUUUAUUUUUGUUUUUUUUGGGGGUUUUUUGCAUCAUCUGUGGCAGAAUGAGUUGCUGUGGGUUGUACAGCAGUGUCAGAACAGCUGAUGGUGUUUGUAUAUAUUCUUCAAUGUAUUUAAAAUGCUUAAGCAAUGAGCUGUAGGGGAACAGGGGAAGAGACGGGGUGGAGGAAGUGCUUUGUGGGAGGGGGUAAUGCCAGGGUGCAGAUGGGUAACAGUAAAAGUGAACGUAAACUAAUUUCCCAGUUCUAGACUGGCACAGGUGGAGUUGUGUGUUUCUUUCAUGCAUUUUUUGUCAAGCAAAAUGGCAAACAGGGUGUGAGACUCAUGUAAGUUGAUGAUUUUGAUGUACCUUCCAAGACUUACAUUUCACACUUUGCUUUCCUCUGGACAGUAUUACUGGAAGUGUGUCGUGUGAUUCAGGCCUCUGGGUCGCUGUCUCCUGCAUUUCCCUCACGCAUCAGUCACUAUCAGUGUAUGAAUGACAAAGAGAAGCUGUGUAACAGGAGGCCUUGCAUGGUUAAUUCUAUCUUUUUUUUUUUUU